GAGGGACUUCAGCAUGAAGGUGCCUCAUUCAUCUCUGAUCACCUUUGCUCUACUGUUUAUACAACUAACCAGUGCAUCUGGGGGGAAAAUCCUGGUGUUCCCAUUGGAUGGAAGCCACUGGGUAAACAUGAAAGUACUCAUAGAGGAACUGCAUGCCAAAGGCCAUGAGGUCACUGUGGUCCGGGCGUCCGAUAGCUGGUACAUCAGUGAAAAGUCUCCUCUCUACACCUCUGUCACCCUUACCAGCCCUAAUGGAUUUGAGCAGAACUUUGAAACCUUUCUGUCUCGACAGCUUGAGAUCCGGCUUCAGGGUGGUCAUACCUCUUUUUGUUCUCGCUUCUGGACUCGCAUUGAGAUGGAGCGGGUGGUUGUGGACCAGUUCUCUCAGUUCCAUAAGGGAAUGAGUGAAAUGGUCCUUCAGAUGUUUGAAGAUAAAAACCUGAUUUGAAAGCAUUCUUUGCACGCAGCCAAAUAUGACGUGGUUUUGACUGACCCCGGUAUCGGCGGAGGGGCGAUGCUGGCACGUUGGCUCCAAGUUCCUCUUGUUUUUAAUGUCAGAUGGACCAUUCAAGGUGAAGCUCAUCUCCUUAUGGCCCCUUCACCUCUGUCAUACAUUCCUUUCACUGCCACAGAGUUCACAGAUAAGAUGACCUUUCCUCAAAGAAUAACAAAUGUUUUGAGUUACAUCCUUGGGACUUACACACUAUCAUACAUCACAGAACCUCAUUACAAACCACUAGUUAAGAAGUACUUUGGUCCUGAUGUGGAUUAUUCCACGUUUUUCCUGGAUGCGGAUAUAUGGCUUAUGAGGAAUGAUUUUGUCUUUGAAUAUCCACGUCCAACGAUGCCAAAUAUAGUCUACAUGGGUGGAUUUCAGUGCAAACCCUCAAAGCCCCUCUCUAAAGAACUAGAGGACUUUGUCCAGAGUUCUGGUGAACACGGUAUCAUUGUUAUGACCUUAGGAACUUUAGUCGGGGUGCUUCCUCAACAUAUCGCUGAGGAGAUUGCUGCAGCCUUUGCCCAGAUGCCUCAGAAGGUUGUGUGGAGGUAUGUGGGACAAAAGCCAGCCAACCUGGGCAACAACACAUUAAUAGUCAACUGGCUGCCACAGAACGACCUCUUAGGACAUUCCAAAACAAAAGUGUUUGUGGCCCACGGAGGCACUAAUGGUGUUCAGGAGGCAAUUUACCAUGGAGUUCCUGUUGUUGGACUUCCCCUAUUCUUUGAUCAGCCUGAUAACCUGUCCAGGAUUAAAGCAAAGGGAGGAGCUGUGAUUGUAGAUAUCGCCGUUCUUGAUAGACACAUCUUUGCAGAAGCCCUGAUGGCCGCUCUUUACAAUUCCUCCUACAGAGACAACAUGCAGAGGCUCUCCAGGCUGCACAGAGAUCAGCCCAUGAAACCACUGGAUCAGGCGGUGUUUUGGAUAGAAUAUGUGAUCAGACAUAAAGGAGCCCGCCAUCUGCAGACAACGUCCCACAAAAUGUCCUGGUUUGUUUACAACUCUGUGGAUGUCAUCGCUGCUCUGUUGACGUUUGUUUUGCUUAUUACUUUCACCUUCAUUUCAAUUAUAAAGUUACUAUGGAGAAUGAUUUUUGUUGGGAAAAAAGUUAAACAUGAAUGAUGUGAAAAAUAAUAUGUGUGAAAUCCAAGCAUGAACAAAUA